AUGGGUCCGCCUGUCACUCGUUCGCGCACUCUCUCUUCUGGUUCUAGGGCUGUUGCCCCGAUUUCAAGUUUAGAGUCUUGGGCUGUUGCCCCGAUACACAGAUCAGUUUCUCUGGCGAGCGCCACUGGACGGCUCGUUCGUACUUUGCAGGAACUCAACGAUGGCGACAACGCAUAUGGGAAAGAUGCGAAGACAUUGCGGGAUGCUGCUGCCUUGGCAACUACGGAAGUUUGGAACGACACCAGGGCAGCAACCACUUCGUUAGCAAGGAAAGUGGACGAAGAUACUCCUACUUUGCUUCAUGAUAUAGGGGAGUCGGCUUCGGCAGUCGGGAACAGGAUUGUUGCUAUUCCUAUUGUUGCAACUUAUAGCCCGGAUGGGCCGACACCCAGACUAGUGCCGUUUACAGGGGUAGCGCGUGAGAGGAUAGAGGAGUUGAGUCAACAGGAGCGCUGCGACUUCAACGCAAUUGUAGCGCAUCUCAAACAGGCAUUUGAAGGCCUACAAUAUCGUUACAUGGCGAGGCAGGCGUUGUCUGCUUGCCAACAGCAGACUAGAGAGUCAUCGGCGACAUUCGCUAAUCGUCUGCUGAAUCUGGUCCGAGCCGCUACGACCGGCCAGGACCCAUGUAGUCAGAAGGAACGGGUCCUUGAGGAAUUUGUGGCUAGGUUGCGUCCUGACAUACGCUACUACGUCAAGUUAGACAACGUUCGAGCAAGCGGUAGAGAAGGCCCAAAUGGUUGA